GUUGCUCUAAUUGGGGGAGCGGAUUCACUGCGCUCCACCUCCAUCCCGCCACCCCAGCGAGGUUUCCGCGCCCAAGUGGGGCUUAAGGAGCCCCAGGGGCCCCGCCCACCACCUUACUACUGCAGCAAUCGUCGCGGAAGCCCAAUCCGGGGCUCCUAUUGGCUGGAUCAGCCGAGGGUGACGUCAUUGGGCUGUACUAAGUCUAGGGUUGGGCCUGGAGUCGGAGCCAUUACUGCAGGAAAAGGUCCUGCGGAGCAGACCAGUCAAGAUGGUGGGGCUCGGGCUUGGGAGAUGAGUGGGUUUGGGUGUGACUUCACUGAGGACCAGACUGCAGAAUUCAAGGAAGCCUUCCAGCUGUUUGACCGAACAGGCGAUGGCAAGAUCCUGUACAGCCAGUGUGGGGAUGUGAUGAGGGCCCUGGGCCAGAACCCUACCAACGCCGAGGUGCUCAAGGUCCUGGGGAACCCCAAGAGUGAUGAGAUGAAUGUGAAGGUGUUAGACUUUGAGCACUUUCUGCCCAUGCUGCAGACUGUGGCCAAGAACAAGGACCAAGGCACUUAUGAGGAUUAUGUUGAAGGUCUUCGGGUGUUUGACAAGGAAGGGAAUGGCACAGUCAUGGGUGCAGAAAUCCGGCAUGUCCUUGUCACACUGGGUGAGAAGAUGACAGAGGAAGAAGUUGAGAUGCUGGUGGCAGGACAUGAGGACAGUAAUGGUUGUAUCAACUAUGAAGAGCUCGUCCGUAUGGUGCUGAAUGGCUGAGGACCCUCCCAGUAUUCCCAGAGCCCGUGCCUUUUCCUGUAUGAGACUGUAUCUAGCCUGAAGGUGUCCUAGGCUCUCUGGUCACAGCACCUUUCCCAUCUUGUCUCUUUGGGAUGAUGUUUGCCAUCAGCAUUCACCAAAUAAACUUGUUCUCUG